AAGCUGUUCAUCGACCAUCCAUGAAUAAUGUACUUUUUCAUAAGAAGAGGUUGUAACCGAUCUUUCUAGGUUUAUUCAUUUCUGUUCGCCACCAUGAUCACCUCGCUUCCAGUUGUUCAACUGCUAGCAAUUGUUUCGGUCAUCGGCCGUGGUACGGCUUCCGUGGUUCGAAGAGAUGCUACACGCCGCUUGGCUGACAUUAAAUGUAAGGAAUACAGUGAGCUUGCAAAAUCCACCUACAUCUAUUGCUCUCCGGACGACUGGAAAACGCUAGAUUUUCCUCAUCAGGCCACUCUGGGGCGCAAACAACUGAAUUACCCCUACAAAUUUGAGGUUGGAUGCGGUGGAAGUCUAAUCAGCGAGUGGUUCGUAUUGACGGCGGCGCACUGCGUGAUUGUCCAGGGCAAGCCUGCGCCAAAUGUAGUUCGACUGGGUGCCGUUGAUCACGAAGAUCCGGUGUGCAACUGUGAGGCAGACUUCAGCAUAGAACGCAGUAUAAAACAUCCAGAUUAUAAAGCGAAACUUCCUUUUCCUGACAUUGCGCUGGUAAAGCUAAAGGAAACGGUUGAGUUCACCUUAAACUACAGACCAGCUUGUUUGUGGUCGUCGAUGAAUUUGAACUUUAAUUCGGUCUUUGCAACCGGAUUUGGCGCCACGCAAUUCGUCGGUGAGUAAAUGAUUCUACAAAUGUGUUCAACAUCAUAUCAAUAGCAGAUUCGUCUUUCCCAGACAAAACGUCCAGCGUGUUAAACAUGGUUGAGUUACAUGUAUUGCAACCCGACGUA